AUGUCUGAGAUAGCCAGGAAAGUGUGGGAAGGGUCCAUCAACUGUAUUGUAUCAUACCGUGGUACUGAGUGCUAUCUGAGGGUCUUUAGGAACUCCUACUUCCCGUUGUACUUCCAAUUGCUUUCCAGUUACUUCAACGACGAGGUGAGCUUCCUGUACACGGAGGAUGACGUUCCAGUGGCGUGGAAUAAGCCCAUUGGUGUGCUGUACGACUUGAUGCAGGGAACCUCGCCGUGGAGGUUGUCGUGUGGGACCAAGGCAGAUGAGUACCCGGAGUAUAUCCUACCACUGACUGACGUUGAAUCGUACUGGUGCAACCAGAUGAAGGAGGCAUGCUAUAUCCAUAACGGCAACAGCAAACAGAUGAUGUCGUUAUCCAGGGAUGAUUCGUUAACGUUUUGGCAUAGUGUUGUAACGCACAACCAGACCACUUGGUUUCGAAUGUUCGCCAAAUUACACUUGCAGUUCAAGAGAAUACCAAUCAGGCUGUAUUUGAACGAUUCUAAGCUGGAUAAAGUGGUGCAGUGGCAUGGACAAACCCUUGGAGAGGCCAUGUGUGAAUUGAUACCUGAACUGUUUGACAUGAAGAGAUGGAGAAACAACGACCAGGUAUCAGUGGUGCUCCAUGGAGUAGAGCCCCCUCUACAGUGUCCAGUAGACGAUCUAUACAGAGAGUGUGUCUAUGUGGAUGGUUUCCUUCACCUCUGUGUUAUCGUGAAGCCCAAUCUUUCGGAUGCUGAAAGUAAAGCUGAAGGUGAAAGUUAG